AGGAGGGCAUUUCCGGUAAUUAAACACAGUCCCUGAAAGCAAACCCCAUGAUCCAUGGAGUCCAGAGUCCAGACAAGGUGAAUUGAACCUCGGAGCUCUUUACGGAGAAAUGGAGAAGAGAGCGUAACUCUGAUUACUUGUAGACUCUCUCUCUCUCUCUCUCUCAAUCACCUUUUCCUCAGCAAAUCCCCAAUCUUCAAAGACCCGAUCGAUCGAUAUCUCGGAAGAAUUCACUCAUUCGGCCUUCGUUCGUGGGAUCUCAUUCCGAAGCCUAAAACUUCCAUUAUUGUCAGAGAUCCGUGCUCUUACUUUUAUCUAACGUUUGGAUCCAUUUAUCAAGUAUUGACGUUUAAAAGUCAAGCAAUGCGUGUUAUGGACUCGUGGAGAAGCCCUAGUGCUGGUUUCUCUCGCUGCAUUCUUCUCUUUCUCGUUUACUCUGCGCUGCUGGCAUCCUACCCUGUUUUUGCUCAGGGAGUUGAGACUGAGGCCGGAACUGAUAAGGACUUGUUCAAUGAAUCUGGUAAAGCCUUGAGCCGCCGUAGUAAAAUUUUUCUUGACCAACAACUUGGGAACAAUGUUGCUGGCGAUAAGAAUGACCCAGAUCUACUUGGUCUUAGUGGAAUCUCGGAAACUUCUGGUCUUGGGGUUCUUGAUGCGUUCUUUGCGAGUUUGUCAAUGAUCAUCGUUACUGAGAUUGGAGAUGAGACAUUUAUUAUAGCUGCACUUAUGGCAAUGCGACACCCCAAAUCAAUUGUUCUAUCAGGUGCUCUCAGUGCGCUGUAUGUGAUGACGGUUCUUUCCACUGGGCUUGGUAGGAUUUUGCCAAAUCUGAUAUCAAGGAAGCAUACCAACAGUGCAGCAACAGUUCUAUAUGCAUUUUUUGGGCUGCGACUUCUUUACAUUGCUUGGAGAUCCAAUUCAAAGUCAUCACAGAAAAAGGAAAUGGAAGAAGUAGAAGAGAAACUCGAGGCAGGGCAAGGGAAAACAACAAUUCGCCGUUUUUUUUCUAGAUUUUGCACGCCAAUCUUUUUGGAGUCAUUUAUUCUAACGUUUCUGGCAGAGUGGGGUGACCGUAGCCAGAUAGCAACAAUAGCUUUGGCAACCCACAAAAAUGCUUUUGGAGUCGCUGUAGGAGCAUCUAUAGGGCAUACGAUCUGCACGUCAAUUGCAGUUGUAGGGGGAAGCAUGCUGGCAUCUAAGAUAUCACAACGCACAGUCGCUACAAUUGGGGGCCUACUGUUUCUUGGCUUUUCCAUAUCCUCAUACUUCUACCCUCCACUACGCCGAAGACGUAUGCCACCAUCACCGAUUACGCAUUUCGCUGCUAACGGAAUUAUAAAAUUCCCUCGCUUUAUCCUUUGCCUCUUUACCAGUUCUCAACCAACAGAAUUAAUCUUUGCUUCUAUUACUACCAGAAACUUCUUGGAGGUAGCUCAACGCAAUAGCCAUCUUAUCCAUUCUUUCUCUUGCACUGAACAUCAGCACCGGGUCCCUUUUAAUUCCAUUAGCAAUCUGCCAAUUACAAAGGAAGUCGAGCCUCUCCAUGCUCAAGCUGUCAAGAACGGUUCCGCCCAACAUGGGCAAGUGGGUAAUCAUCUCUUGAAUUUAUAUGUUAAAUGUUCCAAUUUGGAUCAAGCCCAGAAGCUGUUCGACGAAAUUUCCAAUCGAGAUGUCCGAACAUGGACACUUCUGAUCACGGGUUUUGCUCAACGGGGUCUUGCUAAACUGGGGCUUGAUCUCUUCUCUCAGAUGCAAUAUGAUGGGGUUUGCCCGAAUUGUUUCACUUUGACUAGUGUUUUGAAGUGUUGCUCGUGUCUUAAUGACCUUCAGAAGGGUAAGGAAAUCCAUGGAUGGGUACUGCGGAAGAGGGUCGGAUUCGAUGUUGUUUUGGAGAAUGCUAUGAUUGAUCAUUAUAUCAAAUAUGGGAACUUUGAUUAUGCAAGAAUAAUCUUUGAAUCGAUGACCAAGAGGGAUACAGUUUCAUGGAAUAUAAUGAUUGGUGCAUAUCUGCAUUUUGGGGAUGUAGAUAAAUCACUUGAGUUAUUUAGACAAUUGCCAGUUAAAGAUGUUGCUACUUGGAAUACGAUCAUAGCUGGGCUGAUGCAAAAUGGAUCCAACAUGAAGGCCCUGGAGCUUCUCUAUCAGAUGGGAGAAAUUGGACUUCAGUUUAAGAAUAUCACUUUCUCCAUAGCUUUAGCGAUAUUUUCUUCUUUAUCUCUGUUGGAAUUAGGAAGACAGACACAUGGCAAAGUACUGAGAGUUGGACUUCAGAGUGAUGGGUUUAUAAGGAAUUCACUUAUUAAUAUGUACUGCAAAUGUGGGGAAAUGGAGAAGGCACUGGCUAUCUCAAAAGAAACGCCUCAGGCUACCCAUGGCAUGCAAAGCUCCAAUAUUUCUUAUGAUGCUUCAGUGUCAAACAGUGUUUUGUGGAGUUCAAUAGUGUCUGGAUAUGUUCAAAAUUGCAGGGUUGAAGAUGCUCUCAAGCUCUUCAGAGAGAUGGUACAUGAAGGGGUUGAGAUGGAUCAAUUCAUUCUCACAAGCAUUGCUUCGGCAUGUGCUAAUGCUGGAAUUCUAGAGCAAGGAUUGCAGAUUCAUGCCCUAAUUGAGAAAAGUGGACACAAGUUUGAUGCUUUCUUGGGGUCUGCAAUCAUCGACAUGUAUGCAAAAUGUGGAAGCCUGGAUGAUGCUCGAUCAAUUUUCCUUCAAACAGAUAAUCGAAAUACAGUGUUAUGGACUUCAAUGAUAUCUGGUUGUGCUUUACAUGGGCAAGGGAGGGAAUCCAUCCAUCUUUUUGAACUGAUGUUGAAGGAGGGAGUUGGGCCAAAUGAGGUAAGUUUUGUAGGGGUUUUAUCUGGGUGUAGCCAUGCAGGGCUUGUUGAAGAGGGCCAUGCAUAUUUUAGGUCGAUGCAAGAGGACUUUGGCAUUGUUCCUGCGGUUGAACAUUUCACUUGUAUGGUUGAUCUUCUUGGUCGAGCAGGUCAUCUUCAUGAGGCAGAGGAGUUUAUUCACAGCAAUGGGAUCUCCCGUAUCUCUUCUGUGUGGAAAGCACUCUUAUCUGCUUGCCGACUUCACAAAAAAAUUGUGAUGGGGAAGUGGGUGUCUGACCAACUUCUUGAGCUUGAACCCUUCAGUGCAGGACCAUAUGUUCUGUUGUCAAAUAUUUGUGCAAACUCCCAUAGGUGGGAAGAAGUAGCAGAAGCUAGGAGUAUGAUGGAACAGAGAGGCAUCAAAAAGAACCCUGGGCAAUCUUGGAUCCAACUGAAAAAUCAACUCCAUACAUUUUUCAUGGGAGAUAGGUCUCACCCACAAGUGACAGAGAUAUACUCUUACUUGGAGAGGCUAAUCAGUAGAUUGAAGGAGAUUGGAUACUCAAUUGAUACGGACCUGGUAAUGCAUGAUGUGGAGGAAGAGCAAAGAGAAAUUCUUCUUGGCUUUCACAGUGAGAAACUUGCAGUAACUUAUGCUCUCAUGAGCACUCCUUCUGGAUCACUUAUUCGGGUUAUGAAGAACCUUCGUAUUUGUACUGAUUGCCAUGCCUUCAUCAAGUAUACUUCGCAGGUUAUGGGUAGGGAGAUAGUUGUGAGGGACCCAUACCGGUUUCAUCAUUUUAAGGAUGGACAGUGUUCAUGUGGAGAUUACUGGUAAGCAAAGAUAGAUCAUGUGA